CGUUUGCGCAUGCAGCGCCAUCUAUACAAUCGCCACAGCGCAGUUUGCAAAAUCGGGCAAAUUCCAAAAAAAAUUGGAGGUUAUUUAUUAAGUGAUUAUCAGCAAUUCAAACCACUUGAUCGCGGCUAGAGAGGCCCGAGCAGUGGAAAGUUCAAAUUUUGUAUUUUUAUAAAAAAAGUUCGUCGUGAAUAUAUAACCAUGGCCUCCUGUAUUCGAAUUAUAAGUCGAACGAGUAACUCCAAAAGUCUCAUGUUCAGUGAGAUCCAAUCAAGAUGUUUUCACGUUUCACCCCUGGCUGCUGCUGCAGCUAAGGUUGCGAUGAGCAAAUUGGAUACUGAUCCAAUUCCAUACGAGAAAUUAAACAAAACUCUUGGGGUAGUCAAGAAGAGGUUAGGAAGACCAUUAACUCUUUCUGAAAAAGUCUUAUACUCCCACAUUGAUCAACCAGAGUCCCAGGAUAUUCAACGAGGUACCUCUUACUUAAGGUUACGUCCUGACCGUGUUGCUAUGCAAGAUGCCACCGCCCAAAUGGCUAUGUUGCAAUUCAUCUCCAGUGGUCUGAAGAGAGUCGCCGUUCCUAGCACCAUCCACUGUGACCAUCUUAUCGAAGCACAAAUUGGUGGACCUCAGGAUCUUGCUAGAGCUAAAGAUAUCAAUAAAGAAGUAUACAACUUUUUGGCCUCGGCUGGAAACAAGUAUGGUGUUGGUUUCUGGAAGCCAGGAUCAGGUAUUAUCCAUCAAAUCAUCUUGGAAAACUAUGCCUUCCCCGGACUUUUGAUGAUCGGUACUGACUCCCACACACCAAAUGGAGGUGGUCUUGGUGGACUCUGCAUUGGUGUUGGAGGAGCUGACGCUGUUGAUGUCAUGGCAAACAUCCCUUGGGAAUUGAAAUGUCCAAAAGUUAUUGGUGUCAAACUAACUGGUAAACUUUCUGGUUGGACUUCCCCCAAGGACAUCAUUUUGAAGGUAGCUGAUAUUUUAACUGUCAAAGGUGGUACUGGAGCCAUCAUCGAAUACCACGGUCCUGGAUGUGAGUCGGUAUCUUGUACUGGUAUGGCAACUAUCUGCAACAUGGGUGCUGAAAUCGGUGCUACUACAUCUCUAUUCCCCUUCAACAAUAGAAUGGCUGAUUAUCUGUCUGCUACUCGCAGAGGAGACAUCGCCAAUGAAGCUCAGAAAUACAAGGAAUCCUUACUAUCACCUGACAAAGGUGCCGAAUACGACGAACUCAUCGAAAUCAACCUCGACACCUUGGAACCCCACGUCAACGGUCCCUUCACUCCUGAUCUAGCCAGUCCAAUCAGCAAACUCGGAGCCAACGCCAACAAGAACGGUUGGCCAGUAGACAUCAGAGUUGGCUUGAUCGGUUCCUGUACCAACAGCUCAUACGAAGACAUGGGAAGAUGUGCCAGCAUCGCCAAAGAAGCUAUGAAACACGGCAUCAAAUCCAAAAUUCCAUUCAAUGUCACUCCUGGAUCAGAACAGAUUCGCGCUACUAUCGAAAGAGACGGAAUUUCUAAGACUCUUACCGAAUUUGGAGGCACUGUACUAGCUAACGCUUGUGGACCUUGUAUUGGUCAAUGGGACAGAAAAGAUGUUAAGAAAGGAGAGAAAAAUACCAUCGUAACAUCAUACAAUCGUAACUUUACGGGACGUAACGAUGCUAACCCCGCAACUCACUGCUUUGUUACAUCUCCAGAACUUGUAACUGCCUUAAGUAUCGCUGGAAGACUUGACUUCAACCCCUUAACCGACUCACUAAAAGGUUCUGAUGGCAAGAGCUUCAAACUGACUGCACCAUUCGGGGACGAACUCCCCAGCAAAGGAUUCGACCCCGGCCAGGACACCUACGCAGCCCCAGUUGCCGACGGUUCCAACGUAAAGGUCGACGUUGAUGUCAAAUCUCAGAGGCUACAAUUGUUGGAACCCUUCGAUAAAUGGGACGGAAAAGAUUUGGAUGACAUGACCAUUCUGAUUAAAGUCAAAGGAAAGUGCACAACCGAUCACAUCUCAGCAGCUGGACCUUGGUUGAAAUACCGUGGUCAUCUUGAUAACAUCUCAAACAAUAUGUUCAUUACAGCAACAAAUGCCGAGAACGGUGAACUAAACAAAAUCAAGAACCAAACGACCGGUCAAUGGGGCGCUGUACCAGACGUAGCCCGUGAUUAUAAAGCCAAAGGUAUUAGAUGGGUAACCAUUGGAGACGAAAACUACGGAGAAGGUAGCUCCAGAGAGCACGCCGCUUUGGAGCCAAGGCAUCUGGGUGGCCGCGCCAUCAUCGUCAAAUCCUUCGCCCGUAUCCACGAAACCAACCUUAAGAAACAGGGUAUGUUACCUCUCACCUUCGCCAACGCCAGUGACUACGAUAAGAUCCAGCCCACAGAUAAAAUCAGCUUGAAAGAUCUUAAGAAUCUUAGCCCUGGAAAACCUGUAGACUGCGAGGUUAAACAUGCCGAUGGUUCAGUUGAUAAAAUUAAGCUAAAUCACUCAAUGAACGAUCUUCAGAUUAGUUGGUUUAGAGCAGGUAGUGCAUUGAAUCGUAUGAAGGAGAUUGCUGCAGGAAAGUGAAGAGAAUCGCCAUAAUUUUUAAUUGUAUUUAAUAUUAUUUAUACAUGUAGGUAGAAGAAACAUCGUCAUGGAACGGUUACAAGUAAGCUGAAAACUGUGUUUGUUAUUAUGUAAAAAGUAUUUUUAUGUAGAUGCUAAAUAUUCCUUCUAAUAAAUAUAGACAAUAAUUCUUA